AUGACCGAUGCGGGUGUGGUCACCCGACGGUGUUCCUCGGGACCGGAUCACUCAUCGUCAUAUAUAACCACGAACAGCAACUCUAGACUUCAACUCUUCUUGCUGCCAAUUCGUUUGAGCUUACACCUUCAUCAAGACAAGUACGACACGCCUUUCAAUUUAGAGAACACGAAGGACAUACAUUUAAGGCGCAAACGACAGGAUACCGAAAGUAAACCCGCCAUGGCAGGCAACAGAUAUUCCCCGGUUCUGGAGACCAGUCGCAUCUUCUCCGAUCUCUGCGAGCAAUCAGAGCGUUUCAGUCUACCGCCCGAUGUACUUGCCAACAAAGACCGUGUCUCAUUCUCUACUAGCCACAACGAGAUCUACUUCCCCAUUCCAUUCAAGGAAACCGAGACUCUUGCUGCGCUCAAGGGUAUCGAAGGCUCUGUGGCAGCCUCAAUUGCAGAUUUGCGCUUCGGUGCUGGCGCCGAGCCUCGGGGCGUCCAAGUCAGUUUGGAGGCGGCCACUGCGUUUGGAUGCCAAGCAUACUUGGCCAAGGUUGAUGGCCUUUCGAAACUAGACCCUAACGUGAAGUCUAAGUUGAAGAAUACCGAUUUGCUCGCUGCUCAGUCAAACGGCUACCGACGUAUGUCGGCCAAUCUGUACAAGACCAAGAUUCCUGGAGAGUUCUUCCAUAUCCAUGGCUCGUUGGAGGCUACGAAGACAUUGGAAAUGAUAGGGUUGCAGGGCCAUCGACCAGACCUUACCGACUAUGAGGAAAUCAUCAAGGUAAUCGAGGAGAAGACUCAACAGUACACAGCCGCAGAGCUAGAGGAGAUGAACAAGGAGCGACGGCAGGCUGGUGUAACUGCCUACAAAUACGAGGACUUCAUCAAAACUCCCCACGGUAAACUGAAUGUGGCAGAGCCUGCUUGGAAAGUCACCCAGCUGCCCGGUGAUCUUCCACCAACUCCAUUCCCAGCCAACAAUGAAAACAAGAAGAUCCUUCAAGGCGUUAAGGUCCUCGAGAUGUGCCGAAUCAUUGCGGGACCGACUGUGACUCGCAUCCUGGCUGAAUAUGGUGCCGAUGUCUUGAAGAUUACGAGCCCUAGCCUUUCGGACGUUCCUUUCUUCCAAGUUGACGGGAAUAUGGGAAAGCAUGCCGCCGAUCUCGAUCUCAAAAGUGAGGCCGGGCGAGAAUCGUUCGAGAAGCUUUUGGAAGAUGUCGAUGUCAUCGUUGACGGCUACCGGCCCGGUGCCCUAGACAAACUCGGCUACGGCGCUGAAGCCAUGGCCGCCCUCGCCCAGAAGCGCGGAAAGGGCAUCGUGUACGUGAAUGAGAACUGCUUCGGAUAUGAUGGCGAGUGGGCUGGUCGUGCUGGAUGGCAACAGAUCGCUGACUGUGUUACCGGAAUUGCUUGGGCUCAGGGCCAGUUCAUGGGCCACUCUACCCCAGUUGUCCCCCCUUUCCCUAUUUCGGACUACGGCACCGGCUGCAUGGGUGCCAUUGCGGCACUAACGGGUCUCUAUCACCGCGCCAAGACUGGCGGUUCUUACCACGGCAAAGCUUCCUUGAUGCAUUACGAUCUUCUGCUCUUCGCUAUGGGCCAAUACCCAGCUGAUGUGCAAGAGGAGCUUCGCAAAGUGCAAUCCGCAGAUUUCUUCAAACUGCGUCAUUGUGACAGCGUGGAUCGUAUCUCAUCCACAGUCCUCAAAAGCAUGCAGCAACGAUUCCCACACUUGUACAGGGCCGCAGGUGAGGAGUCAGAGGGUCGUAAGCCCUUGACUGAGCUUUGGUCUUCACGCGCUUAUGGCGCUGACAUCGAGGUUGUGACGCCAGUUGCAGUGAUCUCUGGCGUAAACAACCAGUUUGUGCGUUCUAGCCGCCCCAAUGGAUCUGAUCGGGCUUCAUGGGCGGACUUCGAUGUUGUGGAAGAGGAUGUGAAGAAAUGCUAA